AUGGCCAAAACUACGAGCGCCGCAAUAAAAAUGGACCCAAUGCGUGUGACGCUGGCGGAUAUUCAAAGAGGUAUUACAGUAAGUAAGCAGCUGGAUGACUUCAAAGCCUUUCCGACAACACUACACUGCGGUCGCUCCUUGGUGGGCUCGCCCAAACAACAGCCGCAACACAUUAAAGUAACACUUCGGAAGACCAAUGAAAUCCUACUCUACGAACAGCGCAGCCUCACCGCCUUGGCCGACACAGACGAAGGCAAAGCAGUCGCAGUGGACAAUGAACGCUACGAGUAUUUAACAUCCGCGCAGGGCAGACGACGACGUACCAUCAGCGCAGAGGCGCAAACUGGCGGCGUGCUCUAUAAAAGUCGCGAUGUGAAUACCGAAUACAUACGCACGGAUAAUAUCGCUUCGUAUGUGUCGAACUUUGAGAUGUUCGACACGUACAAGGACCUACAGACUACAACGAAAAGUGUUGCCAUUGAUGAGCACAAGAAAAUGGAGAUUACGACUUACAAAGUGGAGGGCAAAGAUACAUUUAUCGAUAUUAAUCGACAGCCGAGUUUCCGUUUAGCGCUCAUGUUGACCAUGCGCGUCUUAGCCGGCAAUGUUUACGAGCAACAACAACGACGCUUUCGUAAUAUGCGUCUGCCUGAUCCGCUGGCAGCGGAGGUACGCUACCGUUAUCGUAUUAAAUUGCUUUGGCAUUUUGAAUUGCCACAGACACUGGCCGGCGACACGAAGAAAGCGGUCGCUGAUCUCAGCUGGUGUCCACGCAACGGCGACAUACUCGCCGUGGCUUAUGGUGUCUACAAUUUUCGGGAUGACAAUGCAAAUGCCGAUGGUUGUGUUUGUAUUUGGUCCAUUAAAAAUCCCGUCAAUCCGGAGCGAUACUAUAAAUAUCAAUUACCCGUUAUGACGGUCGAGUUCUCACUGCACAAUCCACAAUUAUUGGCCAUCGGCUUAUCGGAUGGCACCAUCGAGGUGCUGGAUAUAACGAAACUCGAAUCCGCCGCCAUUGCAGUUACCGAUCGUCGCACCUUGCACAACUGUGAACCGAUUGUCGCCAUAAAAUGGAUCUCACGUAGCGAACUGGUAGGCGUCCAGUAUACCAUUGAACCGUUUUUAGCGCUGUCACGUGACGGAUCCGCAACAAAGUAUAGCAUUAUUAAUAGUCCACAAUUGCUGGCGAAUAAGCUGCUUUUGUUGAAUCGCAUUGAAGCGCAGCCGGAAGGUAUACGAGUGGAGCGUAGCUAUGAGCUGCUGCAGGCCAAUCGUCAUCCGCAGGGCUUAAAUCUCUGCUUGAGUCCCACACAGGAUGAUUUGUAUUAUGUGCUCACAGAGGAGGGUUGCUUAUACAAGUGCUCAACACAUUAUCCGCAGCAGUAUUUAACGGUACUGCAAGUGCAGGAGGCGGGUGCGAAUUCAAUGGAUUUUUCCCCAUGGUCGCCGAAGCUCUUUCUAACCUGCGGCAAUGAUUGGUCCAUUAAUAUUUGGCUAGACAGCAUUUUCGAGCCAAUAAUCUCACUAAAACAUCAUGAGGGUCCCAUACACUGCGCCUACUGGAGUCGCACGCAUUCCACAAUAAUUAUUUCAUUGUGCCGAAACUCGGUGGACAUUUGGGAUAUUAAACAAAGCAUACUCAAGCCGAUGUCGUCGACUAGCAUAAAUGGUGCGCAUUAUACGAGCUGCAGAUUGUCACUUUGCAGUCGCUCGUUAGCAGUUGGCAAUGAAAGUGGUAAUGUUCUAAUGCUUGCCUUCGAAGACAUGCCUUUUCCCGCCUACUAUCAAUAUGAUCAAUUGGAGAAAGCAAUAUACAAUCUGAUAACCAAUGAUAAGCAAAUGACGCAAAAGGUGAAAAGCCUCGGUUUCUUUGGUUAUGCCGAGCAUGUUAGAUAUCAGCCGAAGAAACGUCGCAGAAGACGGAAGAAAACACAAAAGGAUACAAAUUUAAGUGAUGAAAAUUAA